AUGCCUCGCGCGAGUACGGCCCCUGGGGCGCGACUCCGCUGUCGCAGAGCCUGUGACAGCUGCAAGAGGCGCAAACAGAAAUGUAACGGCGAGCACCCUUGUACGAUAUGUGUCCAGCGAAAGAAGGAGUCAGAAUGUCACUUUUCGGACCGCCCGGCUCGACUCCUCAAGCCCGAGACCAAAGACUCCACGAUGUUACUCAGUGAACGGAUGGUUCCCUCGCCACAGCGUGAGACGGCUAUCAACCACAUACUCAAUUCGCUUGAGGACCAGGGCAUGAAUUUGGAGCACCAGGUCCGCGAUGAGAAGGAGGGCACGGCUCCUGUUCCGAAAGUGGCGCGACUUCUUCGCGACGGGCAAGGGAAAUUCAUGUAUAUCGGGGACUCGGCCAGUCUGUCUUUCUUGCAGAGUGUCCGUCGCGUGGUUUCGUCGUCGAUUGGUCGGUGCGAAUUUACCGAAGACAAUUCUCGACACUCCAUGCUCGAGGCCUUCCAAAAUAACCCGAGCAACCAGCCCAGUUCCCUCGUCCCACCACCCAGCAAUGGAGACGCCCAACGACUUGCGCGGCAAUAUGUCCUCGCCACCAGUCCUUUGCUAGACCUGUUUGACCUGGAUGAAUUUCACCCACGAUUAGCGAAUUGGGUCGGAAAUCCGACCGGCGAUGAAGAUACUGUCAGCUCCAUCUUUUACCUUGUUCUCGCCAUCGGCGCACAGGUUUCGAAUGUCCACCAAGAUGUCGCGGAACGAUUCUUCGGUAGCGGUCGACAACUGGCAUUUUCGGCUUUCCAGGAGACUCCUAGCAUUCACACGAUCCAGUCAUACAUACUAGUGUCGAUGUAUAUGCUCGGCGCCUGCAGGCGUAACGGUGCAUUCAUGAAUUUGGGAAUCGCUCUGCGAGCUGCAUAUGCUGUGGGAAUCCAUCGCAAAGAUGCGAAUGCACUCUUCUGUGGACGCGAGCGAAGGGCGAGAGAACGGGUCUGGAAGAGUCUUCGAAUGAUGGAUCUAUUUCUAUCCGCCUCUCUGGGACGUCCUCCAGCAACAUCGGACUAUGACCCUGACACGCGUGAUGACGAUAUGAUGGCACCGGGAGACCAACAACGAAACCUGACACCAGAUCAACAGCUUUCAGUUGCAGUCAUCUCCCUCUGUCGAAUAUUUGAACGAAUCCUUACAGAUGUCUAUAUGAAGCAAGUCAUCUCGAUCAAUGUGGCGGAAUCAAUCUCAAAUCAACAUCGUGCCUGGGUUCGCACUCUCCCCGCUGUUCUAAAAAUACAGACUGAACGACUCGACAACAAAAGCAUGGAGGACAGCCUGGCUGCAGCCCAUGUUUUUGGAUCAUAUUAUUGGUCUAUCAUCCUCCUGACCAGACCGUUCCUCGUCUUCCGCGUCGCCCAAUACGUGAAAAACAAAUCCGAUCUACCGACGUCUUCAGAAUCCAGGAGUGGCAGCUCUCGCGUCUCUUUAUUCGCCGAUGCAUGCGUCUACUCUGCUCUCCGAGGACUCGACGUGAUCAAUGAUCUCGGUCGAUUCCCAUCUCUCCCGCGCCGGCUGCCAUUCCUGAUAAAUUCAGUGUUCAACUCUGCCGUUGUACUUGGUGCCGCUUUUUUUGCCGACUAUGACAACCUCCUUCCUCUAGAAGAGGGCAUGAACAAAGCCGAACGAUUCCUAGGACUAUUUGUCCCCCACGACCCACAUGCAUGCCGAUUCAGUCACAUUGUCAAAUAUCUCCGUGCUGCUGUUGGCGAGUACAUCCAAAGGCGUAGCCGGCAAUGGAUGGAUCAUCGAAGCAAACAAGUCGACCAACUCUUCGGUCAGGUUGGUGGUGGCGUUGAUCCUGCCUCUAUGUCCUCAGCCUGUGCUGGUCAUGGUGCAAUUUCUACGCCUUCCGGCCAAUCCGAACCACACCAGUCCCCGGAUAUGAUCUCCCCUCCCUCUCCUGGUAAGCCCGCUGGGGGUACGACUCCAUCCUCCUUCCUCGCGGCCCAACAAAAACAUCUCUCCAAUGGCCCUCAACCCCCUGGCAACGACGUUUGGGAUUCCCUCUACAGUAGCUCAGACGGGGCUGCUGGUUUCCCAUAUGAUGCGGCAAUUUCUGCGCUGACAACAUCAGGAAUCCCCGUCGGUUGCUCGCCGGGCGGUACCAUUCCCCCAUCUGGACAGGCUCCUAUCUCUGGUGGACCAUCUCCGCUUUCGGAUGUCAUUUUCCCUGAGAAUGGCCUACUCUAUAUGGCCGAGGAUCUUCCUGUGUUUGGGAUAUGGGAUGAUGCUUGA